CAUCUCAGAUUCAUCAUCCCUCGCUCAUGGCGGACUGCAUCUUAGAGCAGCUCAAAUCUCAGCCAGCAUGGCUUCUCGUCUUCCUCUCGCUCGGUUUCUUAUCAAUCCUCAAGUUCUCUCUUUCGAUUCUCAAAUGGGUCUAUGUCAAUUUCCUCCGACCCGGGAAAAACCUCAAGAACUACGGGUCAUGGGCUUUAAUCACCGGUCCUACUGAUGGAAUCGGGAAAGCCUUCGCUUUUCAGCUGGCAAGGAAAGGGCUCAACUUAGUUCUAGUUGGCAGAAACCCGGAUAAGCUUAAGGAUGUCUCGGAAUCCAUUAAAUCCAAAUACGGGUCCACCCAGAUCAAGAAUGUGGUGGUGGACUUUUCUGGCGAUUUGGACGACGGGGUUUCCAGGAUUAAGGAAGUUAUUCAAGGGUUAGAUGUUGGGGUGUUGAUUAACAACGUUGGCGUGUCUUAUCCUUAUGCGAGGUUCUUGCAUGAAGUGGAUGACAAACUAUUGAGUGAUCUGAUUAAGGUGAAUGUGGAGGGUACUACCAAAGUGACUCAAGCUGUUUUGCCAGGGAUGGUGAAGAGGAAAAAGGGGGCGAUUGUCAAUAUUGGGUCUGGUGCUGCUAUUGUGAUUCCUUCUGAUCCGCUUUAUUCUGUUUAUGCUGCUACCAAAGCGUAUGUUGAUCAGUUCUCAAGAUGCCUCUACGUGGAGUAUAAGAAGAGUGGGAUUGAUGUGCAGUGUCAGGUACCAUUAUACGUGGCAACAAAGAUGGCAUCAAUCAGAAGGUCAUCCUUCUUUGUUCCAUCAACAGAUGGUUAUGCUCGUGCAGCCCUGCGCUGGAUAGGCUAUGAACCUCGGUGCACCCCUUACUGGCCUCAUUCACUCUUGUGGGCUCUGGCAAGUUCUUUGCCUGAGUCAGUAAUUGAUGCUUGGCGUCUCAAGUUCUGCCUCGGAAUUAGGAAGAGAGGACAACUGAAAGACUCAAGGAAGAAGGAGUAGAAGUCAUCUCUGUUUCUUGCAUUCUCUCUCUGUCUGUACCAAUUAUUCUCUCCCAGCCCAUUUUAGUGAGAACAUUGUCUUGAGACGUAUUAUCAGUUAUUUUUAAAACUGGUUCAAAUUUCUUCUUUUUCAAAUUCAA